AUGGAGUUUCUCUCUCAGAUUAACAUCGCUCUUCGCGGUCCCACAGGUCAACCGCAAUCUGCCUCGGAUACCAUCGCCCGUCUCGCCGAUCGUCUCUCUCCAUCUACCCUGCUAGCUGACCGCCGCGCUGCCGUACUCGCCCUCAAAGGACUCUCUCGAGAUUGCAAGGCUGAGGUCGGACGACUCACUCUUCCUGGUCUUCUUGAUGUCCUGCAGAACGACGCCGAAGUGGACGCCGACAUCGGCAAGGCCGUCCUCGAGACCCUGAUCGUGCUCUGCGAGGUGGACGAGAACGCUCCCGCCGCAGCCCGCGAACUUGGAUACAAGCAUACGGAUGUCGUCCUCGCUGACGACAAGAUCGCUCAUAAACUUUUUGCUCUCAUGGCCGACCAUUCGUUCUACCUGCGGUAUUCGGCACUCCAGUUCCUCUCAGUACUAUUGCAGAACCGAAGACAAGUCGUCCAAAACUACUUUCUGAAGGCGCCUGUGGGGGUCACCAGCCUGAUCGCAUUGCUGGAAGACAAGAGGGAAAUUAUCCGGAAUGAGGCAAUCUUCACCAUCCAAUCUCUCAUAUCCCAAAGCCCCGAGAUCCAGAAAAUCAUGGCGUUCGAGGGCGCAUUCGAGAAGCUCUUCAACAUCAUCGUAGGAGAGCAAGGACUGGAGGGAGGUGUUGUAGUGCAAGACGCGCUGACUUGUAUAGACGGCCUACUUCGUUUCAACCAAUCGAACCAAAGUUAUUUCCGUGGCUCUUCUCUCCCUCCAGUGCUGCUGUCACUCGUCGGCUUCCCGCCGAACCUCCCGUUCAACACGCCCGCUCCACAGCAGUUCGCCCUUCAACUAUGGGAUGUGCCUCAGAAGCGUGCGAACGUGUCGCUCGUUGUUGGGCUAAUCGGGCUGUUGGGACGACAAGCGGGUCCUCCGGACGGGCUGUCCAUUGCCUGCACUCGAUGCCUGACGGAGUUCGGUCUUGCAUCGAACGCACCCACGGAUAUCAAAACGCAGGCUCUUCGCCUGGUCCCCGCUAACGUCUCGGCACUUCCGCUGGCGGAGAUGGUUGUGACGCCAUACGUGCCCGUACCGGACACAAACGGCGAGGAGUGGGACCGUUUAGAACCUGCUUCGGCACUAGAUGCCCUCGUGGAGCUCAUCCUUCACGGAGAGUACAACAAUAUCAUUGACGGUGAGAGGCGAACGAAGGAUGGUAUGGAGCUCCGUGGCGCUGCGUUAGGCAUCUUCCAGAACUUCGUGCAGAAAGAGGAGAUAUCCGAAGCCAUCGUUCAGGCAAUGGUUUCCCAACCAGGCUCCCAAGCACCGGUCACUCCCCUCCUGUACGCCCUCACGACCGUCCCCGUAUCGCCGCUCAACAUUCCCUCCGUCACCUCGACACAUUUCGCCACCCUCCUCUUCGCGCACCUCCUCCGCGCGUCUCCCUGCGCUAAGCUCACCGCGCGCUCCAUAGUUCCUCAGGCUAGCGCCCAAGGCGGCGGCGGAGCGUUCUUCGUCCCUGCCGACGGUGAUGCUCCGCCGCCUGCCGACGACGAGGCCGAGGCCGACGAGCCACAGACAUUGCUGCAAAUUCUUAGCGAGCAUCUGUCGCUGGCGUUCCUCACACGAGCGCGAACAGACUUGCCUGAUAAGGAGGCGCGAGAGUGGGAUCGGCUGUGCGUUGGGUACCUCUGCUUGCUGAUUCAGUGGCUGUGGGAGGACCCGGCUGCUGUUCGCGAGUUCUUAGAGGCCGGUGCACUUGGCGUGCUGGUCGAACCCAUCAACCAGACCGCGGAGGAGGACGCAAUGAUACCCGGACUCUGCGCUUUCCUUCUAGGGGUCAUUUACGAGUUCAAUCGCGAGCCAGGCGAAGUGACGCGCUCGACGAUCCACCCGAUCCUGACCCGCCUUGGCAUUGACGUGCUCUCAGGACGUAUUGUCCAUCUCAGAGACGACGAACGCUUCAGAGCGGUCGGACCGGACAACUUUGUCGCCGCGUCCCCGAGCACCCACGUGCCCCCGCAUCAUCCGCACCAAGGCCCUCCUGCUGCUGGGCAGACGAAAGCUGAAGUGGAGGAAGGCGAGAUCUGGUUCGACUGGGCUUUCGUGGACUUUUGGAAGUCGAACUAUUAUACCAUCCAGAAGGGCAUCACAGUGGAUCCGAACUCGCUUUCGUCCGCUGCGGGCCAGGAGAGCGCGAUACUCAUCGCAUCGUUGCGGGACGUCAUCCGUGGCCAGGCGGCUGAGAUUGAGAAGCUACAGACACAAUUGAAGGCGCUCACGAACGCUUCGAGCGAGACCGAGGCGUUACGAGCUCGAGUCGCUUCACUCACGGAACAGCUUCAGAGCAGCGACCAGAAGAAGCGGGAGGUCGAGAAGGAGCAGGAAGACUUGCUUGUUCUCUUGGACGAACUCAACAGCAAGCGGCGAAGAGACAAGGAACGGAUGCGUCAGGCGAAUAUGGACGUCUCGGAGGACGAGGACGAUGAUGAUGACGAAGAUGAUGACGAAGAGUAG